AUAGAUAGAUAGAUCUUUAUAUACACAUUCACAUACAUAUAUAGCAUUUAUAUACAUACUUAUAUAUACACAGACCAACAUAUAUAUAUAUAUAUAUACACACGCAUAUACAAAUAUAUAUAUAUAUAUAUAUACAUACAUACAUACAUACGCAUAUAUAUACAUACACACGCAUAUGUAUACAUUUACAGAUACAUACAUAUUUACAAGACUAUAAACUACCCACAUCUACCUACCCCCCUAAUAUUAUAUAUAUGUAUACAUGUACACAUAUAUAUCACCUUAUUUCUCUUGACACCAGAAAUGACAGAUUAUGACGCCCACCUUGCUGAAAGACAGAGUCUCCUCACACGAUUACUUGACGCUGUUAAACAGUGUCAAGUUCGAUUUGGUGGACGGCGGGAACUGGCCACAGAUGGGGACAGCCGUGUAUCAUGUUUGUGUGCAGCCUGGGAGGCGGUGUUGCAGUAUGGAUUGCGUUACAGCAAUAAAGCUUUUUCUGCCCUCAAGCAGGUGUCAGAAAUCACAGGUUUACGCAAGGUGACAAGGUUUGUGGACAUGGAACCCUAUCCAGCCUUCUGGCAGAACAUUAAAGAACAUCUGACCAAACAUGAGGUGCAACGUUUCCUGCUGCUGAAGAGUAUCAACACAGAUAUGGGCCGGGGUCGUGCCUGGUUACGGGCUUCCCUCAAUGAACGCAGCCUGGAGCGUUAUAUGCACAUGAUUAUCGAGAAAGAUGACAUUUUAAGUCAAUAUUAUGAAGAUUGGUCCUUUCUUAGAGAUCAAGAACGAAGCAGUAUGCUACCCAAUAUGGCAGCAGGGCUUGGUUCAAUAUUGUUUGCCUUGAUAAUUGACAAUCCUGAAAUAAAUUCCCCCCUCAGUUCGGGGAUACCACAAGCAAUCACUGGGGAAAAGGUAAAACCUGAAAAUAAAGCAGACAUCAAACCAAUCAUAUCAACCAAUAAACCAACCGUUUGCGAAAGGAAGCGAGACCGAAAGAAAAAGAAGAAACUGCCUAAUAUAGUGACGUUCAGUGAUGAUGAUGAUCAAAUCAGCUCCAUCAGUUCGUCCCCCUGUUCCAUACAGAACGACUCCUUUGACCUCCCCGCCAGAUCCAGUUUAGACUCUCCCAGCUACUUAACAACCAGAGACAGGCUACAGAUGAAUGGCUACGGACAGUCAGACUCAACUAUUACAAACUUGGGCUCAGCUUCGGGCCUUGAUGGCUCCACAGAGGACAAAUCGAGCCCAAAGUCUUCGGGGAGACUCAACAACAACAAUAGUCAGAGCAAAGACAGUUCAUCAAAGGAGAAAUCAAAAACUGCUUCACCUUAUCAUAGCGAUGAGACUGGUCUUGAGUUCAAAUUUGGCAGGAAGCCUCUCUUAAAGGCAACGGACUCACAGUCGUCUUUUCUAUCGGAUGAUAUGGUGAUAGAUGAUAACUACUCUGCCCCACUCUCAUCGAUUCACAGAAGACUUAGUCAAGGAUCUGGGAGUUCUUUAGAGAUGGACAGCAAUUACUGUAAAGAUCUGUUGAUUCCAGUUACUCUGAGUGGAGUUGGUGCACAAACAAAUAAACAAGAAUCUAGUCAGCAAGACGAUUACAAAAUCUAUUCUAAUUCUGAUGUGGCAUCAGCAGCUUUUGCAUUAGCUCAGGCCCAGAAGAGCAACAACAACAACAACAGCAGUAGCAGUGGUUGUAGCAGUGGUAGCAGCAGCAGCAGUAGCAAUAUCAACAACAGCUGCCAAAGUUACAGGACUGAAGGUGAUGGUGGUAAUGUACAGCAAGACACGCACAAUGAAAUGACUACUAGUGAACUAAAGAAAGCUAUAGUGACAAUGAUGGUUCGCAAAGACCACGUGGAAGAACAAAACAGAUCAUUACAACAGCUACUUUCACAAGAGAAAGAAACUUGUCUAUCUGUCCGAGCUGAAGUCAGUGACCUAGAGAAAAAGAUGGCUGUUUUACAGGAGAAGGACAACAGUAAAAUACAGUCACUUCAGAAAGAGAACGAACUACUGAGACACCAGCUAAAGAAAUAUGUCAAUGCAGUUCAGUUGCUGAGGAAGGAAGGCACCAAGGCAGAAGGAUCCCUCGGCAUCCACUUAGACGAGUUACAGCCAGUUAUUCCACCACCAAAGUCGAGCAUAGAUUACAGUCAUGAAGCUUCAGAAUAUGAGAAGAAAUUGAUUCAAGUAGCUGAAAUGCAUGGUGAGCUGAUAGAGUUCAAUGAAGCUUUACAUCGAACCAUCCAGUUGAAAGAUGCCCUCAUCAAACAGCUACGGCAGGAACUGAUUAGUCUACAUGGACCGUUACCGGAUGAAGGGCCUUCUUAUAGUGAUUGUGUCUCCUUAGAUGUAGACAAUCUAACCAUCACACCCAGAAACCUUGUACAUGUUUGGAUUCCAUCUGCAUUUUUACGUGGCUUAUCAUCAGAUACUUAUCAUGUUUACCAGGUCUACAUCAGAAUUCAAGAUGAAGAAUGGAAUGUGUAUAGACGUUAUCGGCAAUUUUAUGUGUUCUACUCCAAACUGAAGAAAAAAUAUCCCAUUUUGGGCCAAUUUAAUUUUCCAUCUAAAGUUAGGGUCGGUUACAAGGACCCGCGUGUUGUUGAGACAAGACGGAUGCGGUUUCAAGCCUUCCUUCGAAAGGUUAUAAGCUGUGUGAUUGAAAACUCAACAGAGAUUACAGGAACCAUCACCAAACAGACUGUGUUACAGUAUCUGCCAUUCUUUGGGUAAGAAAGAACUAUUGUUGU